AUGCUCAUCCCCUCUUCCCUGAGGCUGCUUGUCAACGUCUUUACGGAGCCCGCCGAGCAGGCGCGCGCCAUCGGUGUCUUCGGCGGUUGCAGCGCUGUCGGUAACGUCCUUGGCCUGAUCGUCGGAGAGAUAUUUGUGCAAUCCACAUCAUGGUCAUGGGUCUUCUGGUUCGUCGCGCUCGUGUGGAUUCCCAUCGCCACGCUCUGCAUAUUCCUCAUCCCGAAGGAAAAGCCUCGCUUGGAAGACGCUGCGAUUCGGAACGGCCCUGGAUGGAAGCGCCUCGACAUCACUGGCCUUUCUAUCCUGACUGUCGCGCUGAUCCUCUUCAUUUUCGCGGUCACCUCCGGAGCGACCUCCCGCUGGGGCUCACCUACCUCCCUUGCCCCAUUGAUCAUCGCUGUCUUUCUUGUCGGAGGCUUCUUCUACUUCGAGACGACCGUCCCCGCGGACCGUGCGGCGAUACCGCCCCGGACAUGGUUCUUCUCCAACUUCCUGGUGUUGUUCUUCACGGCACUCCUGCCGUUCUUCUGGAUUCCUAUUGGGGUGCUCGCGUUCGCCAUGAGCUUCACGGGACCGCUCUCCCGCAAGAUAAACUCAAAAUGGAUUAUCCUCUUCGGGGAAGGCCUGUGCAUCGUCGCCACCAUCCUCUUCGCGUUCGCUGACAGACCGGAGCGCUACUGGCCGUACAUCUUCCCUGCGUUCGUGCUCGGCUCCGCCGGAGCGGUGCUUAUCUACACCCACACGAACAUGGCUUUCUACUACACGAGCCCGUCCUCGAUGGCAGGUACGGUGGGUGCGAUAUUCAAUGUGGCGCUCCAGCUCGGCUCUGCGCUUGGCAUCUCUGUAGUCGGGUCUAUCAAGUCGAGCGUUGAGAACACGCACGGGGGGCCGAGUUCGUACGCUGGCUGCGCCGCCGCGUACUGGUUCCUUCUAGGCAUCGUUGGAGUCGAGUUCGUCGGGCUGCUUGUGUUCUACAGGACCGACAACGAGGGCACGACGGAGGACGAGGUACUGCAGAAAGCGAACACGCUCAACUCCGAGCAGGUCGUGAUGCAGGAGAAGGUGGCAGAUGCAGGGGAAGGCGAGGGCGAGAGGAAGGACGCGGUGCGAGGGCAGGGGAUGCACGUCAACGAGAUGCCAGUGCUGCCGACUCAAGGUGACAGGAACGUCUAGGCUACAUCUCGAGCGGCACUCCCUUUGUACUGGCGAUUUUACUUUCUUCUCAAUAGACGGG